AUGAUUCUCUUCUGGGGCUUGAUUCUGCUGGCUCUGGCCAAUAUUGCAAUUACUCAUCCAACUAGGGGUACUCAGGUGUGGGAGCAAUCUCAAAUCAAGCAUGUCAUUUAUCUGAUUCUUGAGAACCACUCCUUUGACAACAUCGCCGGCUAUUGGGGCUUCCAUCCAGACAUUGACAAUUUGCGCAAUCUCACCUAUUGUAAUGACUACACCAACCCUAAUUGGACUGUCUAUGGGGAGCCGCUCGCUAUCUGCGCCGAGCCGUAUGCAACAGAGGUGCCACCCCAAGACCCGGACCACAACUUCGGCGGGGUCACCUACGAAAUCUUCCGCCAGUGGAGCCCGACGAAAGAGGAUAUUCCCAAUAUGGCAGGCUUUAUUGAACGCCAAUCGGAGAAAUUCGUGAUUCAGGCCUUGAACCAGAAGAAGACUUCAACCCUGGCUGAAUUGGCAAGUAAAUUUGCCUUCUUUGAUUCAUACGUGGGUCAUCCUUGCCAAUUCGCAACAUCGGGCUCAACAUGUGGCUUCGUUGACAACACUCAUCAGUCCGCUGGCUUCUGGAUCAAUGUGACUGGAAUUACCUGUGCAGUGUCAAUCUUUGAACCGCUCAGCAAGAAAAAUGUCAGCUGGAAAAAUUAUUAUGAGACAGACAUAAUCGAUGGAUUCAUGUAUAAAGUCAGUCACUCCCUUUAUCCACCCAAGUGUCAGCUCGGUGGCUAA